UUCGUCCGUCGUCGUCGUCGCGAAUGAAAGGAGCAGAAAAUAUUUUUCAAACCAUCGGAGCAUUAUUAUUGCCAGUUCUCAAGUGUUUAAAUGGGUGAAAAGUAGUAAAUUUUACAAUUUCGAAUCCGCAGAUCCAAUGGUGAAGUGUGUUACGUUAUGUUUUGGUGAAAAUCAGUUAAGCUAGGCUGUAGAGUGUAGGAAAACGUAUGGAUUUUAGUUGCCAUCAGCAACUCGAGUAGAUCGAAAAGAUGGAUGCAAAGCAUUAGGAAAGAGUUUGACCUUUUUCCGUCUUGUCUGACAACUAGUGAACCUAAUAGGUAUUAUUGGUCCACUUGAAUGCAAAGUGUGUUAUUCUGAGCGUUAAAAGAUUGCGUGAAUCUGACCAGAUCUUCCAAGUGAAAGUGGUGAAAAUCGUCUUUGUUGUCUGGCGUUUGGAACCCGUUCCCGUUCCAUCAUCAUCAAGAGUAUUUAUCUGGAGUUGAUUGGCAUCAUCGUCAUAGAGUGACAAGAAGAAAAAUCCACUUUGGGGGAAAAAUAUUACGAGUUCAUCAACCAGCGUAAAAUCAAAACAAAGGCAUUGUUCUGCUGUUGUUGUUGAUUUCGUGUGCGGGUGGAGAAAAUCGUUCAGGAAUCAGCUGCUACACAAAGUGAAAGGAUGGAGUCUUGCGGUGCCGUGGAAAAGGAAGUUGACAAAGUCAUUACCAAGUUCUCCGCCAUGAAUGAUCACUCACAGCGCGUUAUAGGCGAUGUUAUCGUCCUAAUUGAGAAGCUGCGUUCAUCCAUUGCGGAAGCUCCAGCGGAUGAACAACUCACACCCGGCCAAAUCGAUGUCCUGCAUGAUGCGAUGGCCAAAACGAAGGACAAGCUGCAGCGUUUGACUGCGGAGCACCGCGAUCUACACGGCACCGUCAGCAAGGUGGGCAAAGCGAUCGACCGUAACUUUGUAGCCGACUUUACUGCCACUUCACGUACUGACGUAUUCCAAGCGGAAAGAAACGUGACCCUGUUGAAUAAGAUUAUGGCCCAGCAUUUCUAUCGCCAGGGUAUGGACGAUGUGGCCCAUGCACUGAUUAAAGAAUCCGGUUUGCCGGCCGAGGAAAUCACUCCGGAACCAUACGCAGAAUUGCAUCGAAUAUGGGAAGCAAUUCAUAAUCAUAAUCUUGGGCCGGCACUCGAAUGGGCCUCACGCCACUCAACAGAGCUAGAUGCUCGAAACAGUUCCCUGGAAUUCAAACUGCACCGACUAGCUUUCAUGCAGAUUUUGAACGGAGGUAUCCAUGCUCAAACUGAAGCGAUUACAUAUGCCCGUACCAAUUUCUCCAAAUUCGUACGACGAUACGAAAAGGAGAUCCAAAUCUUGAUGGGCACAUUGAUCUAUCUUCCGAUUGGUAUUCAAAACUCGCCCUACAAAUAUCUAGCAGCACCGGAAAUGUGGAUUGAAGCGGCAGAUGUGUUCCUCAAGGAUGCCUGCACGCUGCUGGGAAUCAACAAGGAUUCGCCGCUUUCCGUGAUUGUUAACGCAGGUUGCACCGCCUUGCCGGCGUUGCUCAACCUUAAACAGGUCAUGAUGUCCCGCCAGGUGACCGGUAUCUGGAACGGACGGGACGAACUGCCGAUUGAAAUUGAUCUCGACCCGGAGAAUCGAUUCCACUCGAUCUUUGCCUGCCCGAUUCUGCGGCAGCAGAGCUCCGAGGACAAUCCACCGAUGAAGUUACUCUGCGGUCACGUCAUAUCGCGUGACGCGUUGAGCAAACUGAGCAACGGGCCGAUAAUGAACAAUACUUUCAGAUUAAAGUGUCCCUACUGCCCGAUGGAGCAGUGUCCACAAGAUGCGAAGUUGAUCUACUUCUAACCGGUUGGACAGCAACACGAAUGCGCGAAAACUCCGUCGCCGGAAUGUGCAAGGAACUGAACUGAUGAAAACCACACUGUACACGACGGAGUGAACACUAUAGAUUCAUAUAUUUAUAUAUAUAUAUAUAGACAAAAGAUUAUUUAGAUACAGUUUUUUGUUGUUUUCGUUAAAAAUCUCACUGCAUAAUUAUCCAUUACCAAUCACGAAACAUUCAAUAGUCAAGUUUACGACAAUUAUAGAGAAAGCAGCAGUCUUCGAAAAUGGGUUCCAGUUUUCAUCGUUCCACCGGAACUACCUGAGCAGUUUCGUUACAGUUUUAGGAACGAGGGGCGGCCAGCCCUCGAUCAGAUAAUUUCCUUUCGUUCACUUCCAACAAAUUCGACGAAAAGUUUGCGACUUUAAUGAAAUCAAGAUCAUCUAAAUAUACCUACAUGUACUAUUAUAAAAGGAGUAUCAAUCUUAUCGGCUGCGGCCACAUUGAAAAUGGAAACGAAAAGGUUCAAUUAUAAAACUCGACAGGAAUGAGUGCGGCGAGAGGAAUAAAUAACACAUUUCGUACUGAUAUGUUUUACUGUUGAAAAUAUGCUAUUGAUAUGGUGUGGUAAAUCGUCCAUCACAUAUUCAUAUUCGUUAGCUCAUUAGAAGGGAAGGGGACGUUAUUAUUAUUUUUUAAUUCAAAAGCAGUUUUUUCGUUUAAAACCGAAAUUCUGUAAAUGAACGUAAUUUUGGUUUUGAACGAAAAAACUGCUUUUGAAUUUUUGAACAUUAAUGACGUUCCCUUUCACCUUAAGAGUAUGAAACAUUUUACUUCCAUUUGUUUGUUCAUCUUUUGCUUUAGGGUAUAAUAUACGCCAAUCCUAUACCAUGUGUAACGUUAGAAUAGAUAGAUUUAUUUUUUCCCUAUUUUUGUUUGUUUUUGUAUGCGGAAAUUAUUAUGCCUAUUAUUGAGUUUUGCAUCACGUUUUCAUCUCAAUCAUGAAACUUAUGAAUGUAUGUGUAUGUGAUGGCAGUGUUCGAAAGGGUGUAGGAUUUAGAUAAAAAAAAACUAAAACGUUAGAGAGUGUUUAAGUGAAUUAAAUUACGAUUUUUCUUUGUUCAAUUUUCUCUUUAGCGAAGAAAAUAAAUCUUCAAAAUAAAACAUAUACAAAUUUUUACACGCAUACAUGUACUAAUGUAGAGGAUAGCAGAAAACUAAAAACUAAAAUUAUAAAAAUUAGACAGGGAAUGGUUUUGAACCAUUCUAGGACAAGAUGUCCAUAUGAUUGAGACAGAAUGAACAUGUACAUAGGAAUUUUGAUGAUAAAACGAAAUAAAUGCGAAACUCAC